GACAUUUAGUGGGUGGAUCAGACAGCCACCCCGUCCGAGCGCCUUAUAAUCACGGACACUCCUCUUAAGACAGCCCUCGAGCACCUGUGACGAGGCAGUCUCUGCGUGUAUUAUCAAUCUUUCCAACGAAGAGAGCAGAAGCCUCAAGGGCCCCAGCGAGAUGGAAAAUGCCGAGAUCCCCGAGGGCUAUGUCGGCAACCUGACGCCCUUCCAGGAGCGCCAGCUGCAAAAGUUCUGGGUCCGGCUGACCGAGAUCACCGGCACCAAGGCGGCGGCCGACGCCUCCGGGGCCGCGAGCAUCCGCAGCGCCGCCGGCAACAGCCAGCACCAGGACGCCAACGACAACAAGUAUGGCCAGUCGGACGCCUUUACGCGGUACCUGGCCAGCGAGCCGCCCGAGGCGAUCCGCAGGGCGCUGUGGGCCGUCGUCAAGAACGACAACCCGGACUCGAUGGUGCUGCGCUUCCUGCGCGCGCGCAAGUGGGACGUCGACAAGGCCAUUGUCAUGCUCGUCACCAUGGUCGAGUGGCGGGCGCUGCAGAACGUCGACACCGUCGUCGUCAGGGGCGGCGAGGGCGUGGGGCUCAAGGAGAAGCGCACCGACGACGAGGAGGGCCUGCUGCUGCAGUACCGCCUGGGCAAGAGCUUUGUCCGCGGGCUCGACAAGAACCGCCGGCCCGUGUACAUUGUCAAGCCCCGGCUGCACAGCCCCAAGACGCAGACGGGCCGGGCCAUGGAGCUGUACAUCCUCCACACCAUCGAGAGCAUCCGCAUGCUCGUCAAGGACCCCUUUGACACGGCGUGCCUCAUCUUUGACCUCACCGGGUUCGGGCUCCGCAACAUGGACUUCCCCGCCGUAAAGUUCCUCAUCCAGGUGUUCGAGGCGAGGUAUCCAGAGACGCUCGGUGUCGUCCUCAUCCACAACGCCCCCUGGGUAUUCCAAGGCAUCUGGAGAAUCGUCAAAGGCUGGCUCGAUCCCGUCGUCGCCUCAAAGAUCCACUUCACCAGCAAGGCCGCCGACCUCGAGCAGUUCAUCCCGCACGCGAACCUGAUGGCCGAGUACGGAGGGGCCGACGACUACACGUACUCGUACGUUGAGCCGCGCGCGGGCGAGAACGACGCGAUGCAGGACCUCGAGCGCAUCCAGAAGCUCACGGCCGAGCGCGAGGCCAUCAUUGCCGAGUACGAAAAGGCCACGAUCGAGUGGGCUGCUGCUGCUGCUGCUGCUGCUGCUGCUACUGCUCCUGCUCCUGCUGUGGCCCAGGAGGAGAAGGAGAGGGCCGAGGUAGAGAAGGAGGAAAGGAAGGAAAAGGGAGAAGAGGGGGAGGAGGAGGGGGAAGGGGACCACCAAACGGAAACCGAGGCCGCCGCUUCGAGGCAACAAGAAGAAGAAGCAGAUGAAGAAAAGUACGCCGCGAGGAGGGCGGCUCUCGCGGAGAGGCUGGCGGCGAAUUACUGGCUGCUCGAUCCGCACGUGCGGUCGCGGAACAUAUACGACCGGCUCGGGAUCCUGAGCGAGACGGGCGAGGUCAACUUUGCCCCAAAGACGUAGAUGACUUAGCAGUAGUAGUCGUUGUAGUUGUAUACUUUUGCAUUCGGCUUCUUGUCCUUUUUUUCUUUAAUUGGAAUUCUCUU